AUGGUCCACAACCAGGUGACAGCAACCAAGUACUACUUGUUGAAGAAUAAAGGAAAAUCUGCUGUCAAAACCUCCAAAGAACUGUCUCACAAUCUGUGUGACCUGAGUCGGACAGCAAAAGCGAGCAGUGAAAUUGAAAAAGAUGAAGAUCAGCAACUGCAUAACAGUUGAUGAUGAAAAGGCUCCGAAAUAUAUUUUUGGUAGCCAAAUUGAACAGAAAAAAUAUCCACAGACGAUGUCAGGAAUGUUGCAAAGGACUGCCCAGUGCUUAAGAACGUUGCUCCUUCACAAAUCAGCGACAAGGUCCGAACAUAUUUUGAUUUAAAGGCUCAUUAAGUGGUAACUCGCCUCUGCCACCAGAAGAAGGGGAGAUUCCUGCAGGAGAAAAAAUUAAACGUUUUGAUGCACCAGAUGCUACUGGUAAGUUAUUGUUUAUAGAAAUAAUUAUAUUUUCUCUUACCAACAAUUAUCACUUUAUAGUCUAGACUUUUAUUUUAUUUCCUAGUGUUUUGUUGUACAAAUGAAUGGGAUUAGAAAUUACUUGAAUUAACCCAUUCAUAGCACAACAUUUUCGCCUGAUGACUUAAACUGUCUGGCAUUAAAGUAAAUUAUAUAAACUAUUUGUAGGUGGGAACAGUAUUACAACUACCUGAAAAAUAGAAUGAGAACUUACAUGUUCCACCUACAGUAAAUUGUUAUCUUCUGUACCUACACUGGUACCCACCGCUCAAUAAAUUAUAUAAAGCAGCUUGUUGCAGCCUGCACCGCUGCCAAUGGAUUAAGAUUAAAGUUUAUUCAUGACAACUUCAUCAGAAAAUUAGGAUUUCGUUAUUGGUAGUCGCCGCUAUUAAAACAGAAUAUAGGCGUAGUUUUUGGCAGCUACCGCUCGCUCAUAGAUUGUGGGCGCUUAGCAGUCUCUCCAUGGCAACCACGGUAACCAAGACAAUGAAUGCAUUUCACUAGGAAUAUAUUUUUUACAGUUGUUUUUUUUAAAUCCAAAACAAUUUACCGAUUUUGUGAAGAAAAUAACAAUGCCCUUCGAAGAGCUUUGCAUUGGGCAAGAUGGGGAGGCCGUAGAUGAGAACGGAGUUUGGUUUCCAUGUCAUAUUAAGGAGAAGCAGCAACUUAUGUCAUAGUUUCCUUUCCACCAUGGCCUGAGCACUUCAACAGAAAAAUUGAUGAUCCUUCUGAAAUACAGCCGAAGACUCCAUUACCGGUGAAACGUAAACCAAAAUCUAAUCUUAAUGUAAUGGUUAUUCUGUUGAUUCGUCCAAACUUUAAUAAAGUUGUUAAUAAUACACUGACUCUAAUGACUCUGGUACAGAGUAGACAUAUUUUAUACUUGCACAGCAACAAAAAUUGCCUAGAAACAUAUUUUAGUUACUGAGGAAAGUGUUCAUGUUUUGAUGACUCAUUUUAAUAAUUAACAUGAGUUGGUGUCAACUAUUUGUAAAAGCCAAUAGGUAAUUCAGCUGCAGUUGAGAGUGCCCAGCUCUCUUGACAACAUGGCAGUGUGACUCACAGAUGUCCCAGGGAAAUAUAAACUUGUUUUGGUAUAAUAAUGGUAAUUCUUUUGACGGCCCUCAGAAUUCAACAGUCGCAAAAGUCCAAGCAGGUGAUGAGUUAUGGCUUGAAUAUGGGGAAAAAGUUGUAGUUAUUCAAGCGGACUCUAUCUGAAAUGACAUUACAGUGGAAGGCAUAUCUGGUUUCAAGACAACCUUGCCAUUGAAUGAGCUCCUAGUUGCAAAACCUCAACAUGAAGCAUCAAAGUGCAAAAGAGCCAAAAAAUCAUCUGUACUUGGGCAACAUUCAGAAACACAAGGAGAUAUGGACGGAACACCCACCUCUAUGACAGACCCAGCCACCGAAACGCCACAGGUACGAAAGAGGAAUCAUGCUAUUCAUUAUAUUCGGAUUGGCUUAUAUUCAGGGGGGGGGGCUUAUAUUUGGAAUGAGGUGAGCAUUAGUACAUGUGGUGGGCUUAUACAUGGAGGGCUUAUAUUUGGAGGUUUACGGUAGUUAUAUAUUAAAUCCAUAACCAAAACUUUCCAUAGAAUAUCGUUCGAGAUAUCUGCAUAUAUGUAACUUCAAUUCUACAUGUCUCAAAAAUAUAUUUUUACACUAGUCUGAAUUCCCUGGCACCAAAAGUCGCUUAGAAAUGAUGAGUUGA